AUGGGCAAUUUCAAUCUCUCUCACAGAGUUGUUAUGGCACCACUCACUAGGAUGAGAUCAUACAACAAUGUUCCUCAACCUCAUGCUGUCCUCUACUACUCUCAGAGAGCAACUAAAGGUGGUCUUCUCAUAUCAGAAGCUACCGGUGUCUCUGACACGGCUCAAGGGUUACCACAUACACCGGGUCUUUGGACAAAAGAACAAGUGGAGGCAUGGAAACCAAUUGUAGAUGCUGUCCAUGCUAAAGGCGGUGUCUUUUUCUGUCAGCUUUGGCAUGUUGGAAGGGCUUCAAAUUCAAGUGUUCAGCCGAAUGGACAAGCCCCAAUAUCUUCUACAGAUAAGUUACUCACAAACACUGCUUUUCAAAAAUUCACACCUCCGAGACCAUUAAGGACAGACGAAAUUCCUAAUAUUGUGAAUGACUUCAAACUUGCUGCAAGAAAUGCUAUUGAAGCUGGUUUUGAUGGGAUUGAAAUCCACGGAGCUCAUGGCUAUUUAUUCGAACAAUUCAUGAAAGAUUCCGAGAGAGUUGUUACCUCACAACCAUCUUUUUCAUAUGAAGCUUUCAAGCAAAUGUGUUCUUCGUCUUCAUCGGAUGAAGGAUCUUCAAAGAUUCUACUAGAGGUUUAUUCUUCAAGAGUUCUACUUAACGUUGAGUCUCUAAAGAAAUUGUUUGUUGAGACUUCUUCCUCAUUUCUUCUUUUGAAUAUUCUAUUUGAUGAAACUUCUUCAUCUUCUUCAUUGAAUGAAGCUAAUAUUAUUGAUGAAGUUUCUCCAUUAUCAGACGAAAAAUCUUUUGAGGGACGUUCAUCUAUCGAGAUUGUUCUUUCAAAUGAAACUGUCGGAGUUGACUUUUCUUCUUUGACUUUUCUUCUUUGA